AUGGUAAUCUUGAAACAAUUAACAAAAAAGUUACCUACAAUAAUAAGCACAGCUAAUGUUUCAUAUUAUAAACCUCAUGUUUUUCCUUUUACACAACCACCAACAACAAGAUAUGGAGGUAGAGCUAAUGUAACAGCUUUACCUGGUGAUGGAAUUGGCCCAGAAAUGAUAGAACAUAUUCAAAAAAUUUUUAAAUAUGCUCAAGUUCCUGUUGAUUUUGAGAUUUUAGAAUUAAAUUCUAGUGAUCCAACAGAUACUCCAUUAGAACAUGCCAUAUUAAGUAUGAAAAGAAAUGGUGUAUGUAUUAAGGGAAAUAUUGAGACAAAAUUUAAUGAUCCAACAUUUAAAUCAAGAAAUGUUGAAUUACGUAGAAGAAUGGAUUUGUAUGCUAAUAUUUUACAUUGUAUAACAAUUCCAUCUAUUCCUACCCGUCAUAAAGGAAUUGAUGUUGUAUUGAUUCGUGAAAAUACAGAAGGUGAAUAUUCUGGUAUGGAGCAUGAGACAGUCAAUGGAGUUGUUGAAUCACUUAAAAUUGUUACACAAAAAAAUAUUGAAAGAAUUGCUAGAUAUACCUUUGAAUAUGCUGUAAUAAAUAAUAGAAAAAAAGUUACAGCUAUUCAUAAGGCUAAUAUUCAAAAAUUAGGAGAUGGUUUAUUUUUAAAAAUAUGUAAAGAAAUGGCUGAUAAAGAGUAUCCAAAUAUUGAAUUUGAAGCAAUGAUUGUUGAUAAUGCUUGUAUGCAAAUGGUUUCACGUCCUCAACAAUUUGAUGUAUGUGUUAUGCCAAAUUUAUAUGGUAAUAUAAUUUCAAAUAUAGCAUGUGGAUUAGUUGGAGGACCAGGUUUAGUUUCUGGUGUUAAUGUUGGUGAUAAAUAUGCCUUAUUUGAAACAGGAACAAGAAAUACAGGAACAUCUUUAGCUGGAAAAAAUAUAGCAAAUCCAACAGCAUUCAUAAGAUCUGGAAUUGAUUUAUUACGUUAUUUGUCUCUUGAUUUCCAUGCUGAAAUGUUAAAUGAAGCAUUAUACAAAGCUUUAUCUAUUCAACAAAUUCAUACAUCAGAUAUUGGUGGAAAAGCUAAGUCCACUGAUCUUAUAAAUGCUGUCAUUGAAAAUAUUCAUAGAAAAUUAGAUUAUAUUAAAGAAGAAAAAGAGGUGGAAAAACAAAUAAUCAAGAAUUAA